UUUCAUCACAGCAUAAGUUCGUUAUUCGCGGCAGCUCGCAACGCGAAAGAGAGCGAGAAGGAGAGAGAAAUGGGGACAACGAGAGAGAGGGAGAGAGAUCUCGAGUGCUUGAUUCCGAUUGCAGGACUAGAAAUCUCUGCCAAUGAAGCGAGCAAUGCCUCCUCUGGCUCGGUUUUACCACAGGCUUCGUCUUCUCAUCACAGCACUGGCAAAGAGGCAUUCUCGAAAGUCAUUCGUAGCUGGGCCUCAAAAAAGUUUAUGACAGGAUGUGUCAUUUUACUUCCUUUAGCCAUCACGUUCUACAUUACUUGGUGGUUUAUUCAUUUCGUGGAUGGGAUUUUCUCUCCUAUCUACACUCACCUGGGGGUCAAUACAUUUGGCCUUGGAUUUGUAACCUCCAUCACUUUCAUCUUCUUGAUUGGAGUCUUCAUGUCUUCAUGGUUGGGAGCUUCUGUUCUUAGCCUGGGAGAAUGGUUUAUUAAGAAAAUGCCCCUCGUUAGCUAUAUUUACUCUGCUUCUAAACAGAUUAGUGCAGCAAUAUCACCAGACCAAAGUUCCCGAGCCUUCAAGGAAGUGGCCAUCAUAAGGCAUCCUCGUAUUGGAGAAUAUGCAUUAGGUUUCAUCACAUCUACUGUUGUUCUCCGUGGAAGUUCUGGUGCAGAGGAAUUAUCUUGUGUAUAUGUUCCCACCAAUCACCUGUAUCUUGGAGACAUGUUCCUUAUCAGCUCAAAGGAUAUUAUGAGACCUAAUCUUUCUGUUCGAGAAGGAAUAGAAAUUGUCAUUUCAGGUGGCAUGUCAAUACCUCAGAUAAUUACUACAUUGGAUGCGCCAGACAUCCUCAGCAGAAGCAGCAAAUUUGCAGUGCCAAAAGUUUAGUUGUUCCUAGAAGACAAAUACCAAUUACAUUUACAUCUAAAAUUUAUGGCAUAGUGCUCAGGCAGUAGUGCUCCAACAACAUAGAAUGGAAAAUUAUUUAACACGUUAUUGAAACUCUUGAAUGACAUGCUGCCUUGCAUGGUUGGUGUUGAGAUCACAGAGGGAGCCGAAUGACAAUGACGGUGGCCCUGUUUGUCUUGUUCCUUCUUAGAUUCAGUAGAUUGUAAGUUGUAAUUAAUGGUUGAUAUAAGUAAGGACGUUGAGAUGACUAUCAGCUGGCUGAGUUAUCUCAUGUUUAGUGUUCCUUUUGAGAAUUUCAUACUUUUUCUGUUGUA